AUCAGUUCCGGGUGCGAGUGGCUGUGGGAGCGGGCGGGAAGCGGCGCUGGGAGCGGCCCGGGCCGGCCGGGAUCCGCCAUGUGAGAGCCCCGGACAGCCCCAGGUGAGCGAGGGGCGCUCGGCCGGGGCGGCGCGGCGCUCCCCGGUGGGACGGGCCGUGCUCAGGAGGGCUCCCGGCGCCUGACAGGCCCCGCGGGGCGGCGACCGCGGCCCGGCGGGCCGUGGCUCGGUCCGGCUGCCUGGAGCGGCGGCAGCGGCUUCGUCGAGGCGGCUUUCGCCCGGCCGUGCCUGGGCAGGAGCUGUCGCGUAAGCCGAGUCGGCGGCUCUGGUGCAGCCUUGGCGUGCGGGCAGGGAGGGCGGACGCGCCUGUGACGGGGUCCGCUGUUAACCCGAGCGAGGCGUGGAAUCCUCGGCACGGCGGACUGGGGCGGAACGAACCUGGCCCCGUGCGGGGAGGUGUUCAUUGCCGGGAGCUGCGGGACCUUUCAGCUGCUGCUGUUCCGUCCGGUGGAAGGUCUAGGGAAACCGCAAUCUCCGUAAUGCAAAGGUCUUUCCAAAUCCCGGCAGGUGUGCACAGCACGUAGGAUUGGAAUUGGCUUAGAGUAAAUCAGAGUCGAGAGUUAAUUUGGAACGAGCCAGAACAGUCUUAGAAACAUAGAUGUGGGUGAGCCUGGUUUCCAAGGGAAAACAAAGUGCUAUGGGAUUAGCUGCACUGCAGUUGUUACAUGUUAGAGAAUACUCAACAUCUGGAUCAGAAUGUGCCUGUGUUUCAUUGCCUGUCCAGGGACAGCUCCAAACAGUUCCAUCUGUCCCAAGUCGUGUGCUAGGAAAAUACCACGAAAAUGUGCUCUUUGCAGCUAUUGUAAAUCUACUGCAAAAAACGUUGCUGAUAUCUAGAGAACAUAGCCACUUCAUUACGGUAAAGAAACAUCAGAGCCAAAAAGUCAACAAUUUGAUGAAGAAUGGCUACUGUUAAAAAACAAACAAACAAAGCCCCACCAAAAACAAAAAAGAAAGUGGACAGAUUAAAAUGCACAAUAGUGAUCAAGUACUACCUUGAUAGUAAAUAAAAUUAUAAUAUCAGAAGGUUCAAGAACUCUCUUCCCACUUUGUGAAAGUUCCAGCUAUGUAUAUAUCCUCACUCUCAAAAUACCGGCUGGAUUUUUUUUUUUAAUGGUAGUGACAUCUCAAAGUUGUUAGGUAUUCAGAAAAUGUGGCUAUUUUGCAUUACAUUAUGGGGAUAUUGUGAAAUUUGUGCACAAAAUAAAAGCUUUUGAUCAUUACUUGUAAGAUCUUGCUUUGAUGUGUAUGUAUCAUCAACAUGCCCCUUUGUUUUGUUUGUCUGGCACAAUACAUUUGUUGAUACUGGAAUCAUAGACACAUAGAAUAGUUUUAUUUGGAAGGCACCUUUUGAUCUUGGCUUAUCUCCAGUUUGCCUCCUGGUAACUAUUUUUUUGCAUUCAGAAAUAGAUGCGUACCUGCAACUACUGUUAUGGCAAUUUGAUUUUUGCAGUCAAGAUUUAGAGAUUAUUCCUAUUGAGGUUUCUAAUUCUUAGGUGAAACUAUUUUUAUGCAUUGAUAGGUGUUUCAUUUUUUCCUUUUCAAUCACUUCCACACAGGCAAGCAGUUUGAAGAGGACAGUUAAGAGAAUAAGGGACUAAGGUGUCACUUGGACUUCAGUUUCAUAUCUGCUUUCUGUGGAUACUUGCUCAAAUAAAAGGGUCCUUUUUUUUCUAUAAAAUCCUAAAUAUGCAGUUCCAACAACAUCUCCGCUGCACCAUGCAGACCACUGAGAAUGAGUUUGCAGUGUUGCUGGUAUUGGCAUGUGCUUCUGUAUGCAUGUCCAUGUAUGUACAUACAUCUAAAUAAAUUUAUUUUAUUUUGAUGCUAAAAUCAUCCACUCUUUGAAGUAAUUUUCUGUACAUCAUGUUGUGAAUCUUGGUUAGUUAAAAAUGAAUACUUUAAAAUUUUUGUUAGACAAAUGUCUGAAUUAGUAAAGCUUUACUGAACUGAGUGUCAGGGGUUACUGCUUUGCUCCCCAGGCAGUUAGUGAGGUUGUGUCCCACAGCACUGCCAGAGACCUCACCUGCCAGGCAGGAGCUUUGCUUGUGGUUUCACUGCAGCUGUUCAGUACUUUGGGUAGAAUGUGGCCUGUUUGGCUGCAGAGAAGAAAUAAUUAGUUUCACUGGAGUGGUCUGAUACCUACGGAUGCAAGAAUGUAAGAGCUAAGUUUUCUAGCAACUACAGUUCAGCCUGUAUUAACUGGCUUGUGUUUCUGAGGAAGUGGGCAUUUCCUGCAUUUUUAGGAGGUAAAGUAAUAAAGUUUUAAAUUGCUGUGUAGUUGUCACCUAACAGAUUUUGUAUUGGAGUCCAAACCAGACAUGAAGCAGACUAACUUUCAAGACUAACUGUUUUCCAAUUAAUAAUAUGCCACAUGCACCUUUUGUGUGUGCUUUCCUGCAGAUAAUUUAGGCAAACUGCCUCUAUCUUCUUUGAUUCCAAUGGGCAUUUUGGAGGAAGUGAAGAAUUAAUGCAAAAACCCAUUCUGCAUAUUUGCAUAGUGCUGCUUGUAUUAUUAGAAAUUUGUUGAACUUCAAAAUGUUCACAGUUGUUAGGAGAUUAUGUGGGUUUCUUACCCUCCUUUAGUUUUGGGUUUUUUAUUGGCUGCAAAAUUAAACUCUGUUUUUUAUCAGUGGGGUAGGUCCCCCUGCUUUGGGGAUGGAGUUUCAGUACAGCAGCCGUGCUGUGUGGCAUGCUAUUUAAGGCCAUCCAAGAGCACUGUAUAUCGACUUUUAAAGGAUAAUUAGUAUUUCACUGUUAUGAGAGGUAUAAACUGUUAAAAUGUUCUAUGAUCAUUUGCUCCCCUAUUUUCAAAGAUUAUUUCAAGAGUGUCUUGGAGACCUCCCCCUAGCCUGUGACAUACUUGAUGGCAGUUUUCCUUUGAUACAGCUAGUGUUAAUUACUGUGGCUUUUGUAAAUUUGAAGAGUGAUGCAAAUGCAGUCUGAAAAGAAUAAGAGUGAUGAAGACUUUUACCCAAAAACUUCCACGAUCAUAGCUGAUAAGGUAACUUUCCUAGGUUAAAAUUCACUUGAAUGAUAUUUGCAGUGAUGAUGUCCUGAGUUCUCACACAGAUGGUGCAGAUACUAGGUCCUACAAAAUGCAAGGGAGGAGUGCACUGAUUUAUACAAAUACCUGUUUAUUUUCUUGCCCUUUCUCUGUAUUCUGAGCAGUAAUGUGUGGAGGAAGUAUCAUACUGAAGUUGAAAAGACCUCCAAGAUCAUCGAGUCCAGUCUAACUGAUCGCCGCAUUGUCAACCAGGCCAGGGCACUGAGUGCCACAUGCGUCAUUUCUGUAACUCCUCCAGGGAUGGUGACUCCACCCCCUCCCUGGGCAGCCUGUUUCCAUGCUUAACAACCCUUUCAGUGAAGAAAUUCUUCCCAAUUUCCAACCUGAGCCUCCCUUGCUGCAGGUUGUUUCCUCUUGUCCUAUCACUUGUUGCCUGGUAGAGGCAUUUUUGGUGUCAUGGAGUACUUUGUUUUGGUUUUGUCUUAACUUUCAUUAUGACCCUCCUAUGCAUUUCUGUUCUCAGAUGUGCUACAACAGUAAUGGUUUGUAAUGUGGGUUUUUUUUCCAAGGAUUCCUUGUUGCUGAGCUAAUUUAAGAAAAUGUAAGGGAUCUUUUCUCACACCUUAGUGUGAGUUAAAAUGAGUAUAAUUUGUGUCAUUCACCUGUCUGUGGGAAUGGUGAAUCAUACUUCAGUGAGUGAAGGAAAUUAAACAGGUGCAGACUUAGAAGCAGAAACUAAUACUAUGUUGGCAGACACACAGCUUCGUGUUAUAGUUAUAUGAUGCUUCUCCACUGCUACUGUAUGAUGUCAGUAAAAUUAAAUACCUAAUGUGGUUUGUCAACAUCUAUUCUUGUUUUAUAAAUUAAAUAAGCAUUUUCCUAGAACAUAAUUUUUAAAGGAAAUUUAUUUUGAAAUCUAAUAAGAAAUGUUAUCCCUCUGGUGUUCAGAGGUACUUCAAUGAACACUUUUCUUUGAAGCCAUAGGGCAGCGAUCCACUACUACUAAAGCCAUUUUGCGGGCUAUAUUUGCUGUAUAAAACCCUGACGAAUAAGUGUAAUUCUCUUUGCAGGUGCAAAGAGAAUUUAUAUGAUUCUUUUGAAUGUGACUGCAUCAUCUGCUACAAAAUAGAUGUGAGGCUCAACACAGAGCCCUUCUAGGACUUAGUGAGCUUGGUGUGGAGUUUUGGCCUGUGCCUUCAGCCAGUUUCUUGGAUACAUAAUAGUUAUGAAAACCUUAAACACUUUGACCUACUUUUGAGGAAAGGUUAAGAGAAGAUCUAAUUGUAAACAGGUUCCCAGACUCUAAGAGUUACUUACAGAUAUGUAUAUGCAUAUGGAUAUAAUGGAGUGUUCUAACAGUCAUGAUAGGCAAGGAUCACAGUGGAUUCCUGUCUCCUUGGUGACUUUCUGCUUCUCAUGCUUUCUCUGGUAUGUGUUUACAGUCCAUUUUCAGUGUGUGGCUGUGCCCCAGGGACCAUGAAUUCCUCUAGAGAUGCUAUGAUGAAAAGAGUAUCAUCUUUUCCCCCUCUAUCAUAAGGCAUAAAAUGUCCAUGUUCUUUCUUCUCAGGUACCUACCCUUAAUUAAUUCCUUCUGUCUGAACCAGAGUUAGUGGUGACAAUUUAUAUUUUAAUACUUUCUCCAGGAGUAAGUUAUUCUCCAUUUUGCUGGGUAAGAGCCCUUAGGGGGAAGUAUGGGACAAGGAGGAACUCCACUGUCUAUAUGUGACAAACUUUCUGUACAUCCUAGGCUAGAAUGCCAGAUUAUUGUUGCUGGUGGCUGGUCUUUUGGUUUGUACAGAGUCCCUGACCCAGCAUGUAACAUAAUAGAAAAAAAAAUCCACUAGUAUAUUGUGAUACAUUGGAUAUGCUUCCUGCAUCUGAAGUCAAUGGAUGAUGUUGAGAUCUGUUUGUUCAAUUGGAAAAGCAGAUUACUCUUUACAUCUGUAGAAAUGGACAGCAGCAGUUUCAUUCAGUUUGAUGUGCCGGAGUACAGCAACACUGUUCUGAGCCAGUUAAACGAACUCCGCUUGCAAGGGAAACUCUGUGACAUAAUCGUGCACAUCCAGGGUCAGCCGUUCCGUGCCCAUAAAGCUGUCUUAGCUGCCAGCUCUCCCUAUUUCCGCGACCAUUCAGCAUUAAGCACCAUGAGUGGCCUAUCUAUAUCAGUAAUUAAAAACCCCAAUGUUUUUGAACAGUUGCUUUCUUUUUGUUACACUGGAAGGAUGUCCUUGCAACUGAAGGAUGUUGUCAGUUUUCUGACUGCAGCUAGCUUCCUACAGAUGCAGUGCGUCAUUGACAAGUGCACACAGAUACUGGAGAGUAUUCAUUCAAAGAUCAGUGUUGGUGAUGUUGAUUCUGUUACUGUUGGUGCUGAAGAAAAUUCAGAGAAUCGUAAUGGCGUUAAAGACAGCAGCUACUUUGCCAACCCUAUUGAGAUAUCUCCUCCCUAUUGCUCUCAGGUGCGACAGUCAACAGCAGGCAGUGAUCUUCGGAUGGAAACUACUCCAGGCAAAACUCUUCGUAGUCGUCUGCAAGAAGAAGGGCAUUCAGACCGAGGGAGCAGCGGGAGUAUCUCUGAAUAUGAGAUUCAGAUUGAAGGUGAUCAUGAGCAAGGAGACCUGAUAGUAAGGGAAAGUCAGAUUGCAGAGGUGAAAGUUAAAAUGGAAAAGUCUGACAGACCAAGCUGCUCUGAUAGCUCUUCCCUUGGUGAUGAUGGAUAUCACACUGAAAUGGUGGAUGGAGAGCAGGUGGUGGCGGUAAACGUUGGUUCCUAUGGGUCUGUCUUACAACAUGUUUAUUCAUUUACUCAUGCCUCAUCACAGGCUACAGGUGUGUCAGAAACCUUUGGAAGCAUGAGCAAUACAAGUCCUUCAAGGUCAAUGCUGAGCUGUUUCAGAGGGGGUCGUGCACGCCAAAAACGAGUACCUACGGGUCACUUGCAUAGUGAUGUCCAGGGCUUGGUGCAAGGGGCUGACAGUGAAUCCAUGGUGAGUAAUCCAGGAUAUGAAAAUAGUCCACGGGAAAGAAAUGCAAGAGGUCAUUGGUAUCCAUACAAUGAGAGGUUAAUUUGUAUUUACUGUGGCAAGUCUUUCAACCAGAAAGGGAGCCUUGAUCGACACAUGCGAUUGCACAUGGGAAUAACUCCUUUUGUGUGCAAGUUUUGUGGAAAGAAAUAUACCCGUAAGGACCAACUUGAGUAUCAUAUUCGUGGUCACACAGAUGACAAACCCUUUCGCUGUGAGAUCUGUGGAAAAUGUUUUCCUUUCCAGGGUACACUAAACCAGCACUUGCGAAAAAAUCACCCAGGGGUUACAGAAGUGAGAAACAGGGUUGAGUCUCCAGACAGAACAGAAUCGUUUGUGGAACAGAAAGUAGAUAAUGAUGCUUCAGCUUCUGAAGCCAUGGAUUCUAGUAUGGAAAUUCAUGCAAUGUCUAACACAUCUGAUUAAAAUCAUACAUCUAAGUGAAACACAGACAAGCACAUUACUAAUGUAUUUUUAAAGUAUUUUAUUAUUUUAGUAAUCUUCAGUACAAGUGUAACAGCCUUUUCAUUUUCCUCACCUUCUGGAAAUCAGUUAGAAAUGGUUUCUGGAGAAGACUUCAGAAGUAUUCUUUGGUUUUGAAGGAGGCUGAAUUGUUCAGAGUUUGUUUUUUUAUAUUUGAAGAUGCUCAGAGUAUAAAGACAGUGUACUGGGGAAAGUCUAGGAAGAGUCUGGUGAAGUGUCCCUGCUGAUUGAUCUGGUGAGAUGCAAAUGCCAGUGGAGAAAGAUAUUAGAAUAAGAUUGGCAGCUCUGCUGAAUGCUCAAAGAAGCUGUAAUUUCCUUUAUUUCUUAAAUCCUGUUGCUGGUAAUGAGUUACACAGCAGUUGGGAGAGAGAAUAUUACAGCUGUGAUUCCUCUCCUGUCACAAUGUUCACUCUUACUAACUGGUUUUGGUAGUGAGACUGUUUAUAUAUAUAAAUUUGCUUUAUAUAUAUAAAAUGCUUUCACUUUACCUGUUCUGUGUCAAGGCUAAUACCAUAUGCCACUCUAUCAACCAUUAGGACUCCUCUCUGCUUAGAGUUUAGAACUUUGGACUUUGGGAGGAUGGUUUUGGUUUUAAACAAAUGUUGUUUGGUUUUCAUUUUAUUAAACUAUUACUUUGUGUGCAAAAGUGAGCAAAGUGAAUUACCUUGUUUUAAUAGCUUUGCUUUAUAACAUAUGUAAACCAAAUGCCAUAAAUCUAUUAAACUAUGGUUAAAUUGUUGAAAGGUUUUGUUAGUUGUCUAGGAUGCAAGCUGGACAACCUGUGGUGCUGACCUUUUUAUAUAUAUAGAGAUAGAUAUAUCUAUAUAUAUAUAUAUAGAUAUACACACAUAUAUAUAUAUCUAUAUAUUAAAAAAAAUAUUAGCAAACCUAAAAGUAGCAUUGUGGUCUAAAAUGUGUUUUUACUGGCCUCAGAAUCUACCUUCAUUUUGUACUGUAGAACCAUACCAGGUAAUUAAACUUAACUUCAUCACUCUUCAUGGUUGGCUAAAACAUGAGAGAGAUGUAGUUUAAACCACAGUAUUUCCAAGCAGUAUUUUAAUAGGUCUCUUCACAGAGAGCUGUUUUCAGGUGCACGUUGGCUUCCUACUUAAAUCUCCGAGUGACAUGCCAGCACUUGGAAUUUGUACUUUUUUUGUAUAGAAAAACAAAUACUUUAUGGGAAUUUUGAGCAAUAUGUUAUUUCAUGUGUGAGUAUUACAGAGUUGCUAUGGCCUCUCUGUUUUUUCAGUGGUUUUUUCCUCUAUAAAGGAGCUACCAACAACUUUAAAAAUACUCUAAAUCUUUUUUGUUUCACCAAAUAUAUGUUUUUAAUAUGGUGCUAACUUCAUAAUUUAGGUCAGUAUAAUAUAUAACAUGUGAAACAUAAUGGUCAAGGAAAAGAAAUCCCCAAAAACAGGCAAACAAAGGCCCCCCCCUACACAAACCAACUCCCCCAAAAUCCCAACCAAACAGGGAAAAAAAAAAAAAAAAAAAAAAAAAUUAAAAAAAAAAAAAAAAAAAACCCAACCCCAAACCCCAAAAAAAAAAAAAGGCCUAAAAGACCUCAAAAGCAUGGGCUGGCAAACACUACUGUUUAACAUUCUACCUGAUGAACAGAAUUAAUUAUUAAACUAAUCACAUACUUCUUUAGAAUACAGGUUUUAUAUUAUUGGGUCUUAUGUUUGUUUAGCUGAUACUGAAAAUCCAUUUGUGAACAUGUUGUUUAACUCCCAAAAAUUAGAAAAUAAAUGCUCUUCUCUAAAUUAUUCAAAAGAAAAAGGUAGGUUUGAUAUCUUUUAAAACUUUUUGGCCUCUGUGAAGCUGGGGCAUAUUUGUGCAGUGGCUUUAUUAAAUACACUAGUUCUUAAUAUUAUGACACGCUGCAAUAAGAAUUAAUGUCUCAAAUAUAGAUUUACAGUAUAACCCCCACCUGCUCCAUUGGAGCAGUUUCUGUUAAAUUAAGUACAUCAUCUGCCUCUUUGUCCUAAAACUGCCUAAAUAAGGAGGCAGGGGGUGGGGAGAUGUUUCUCUCCUUGAAGCAACAACAGUAAUUUUGUUUCCAGUAAGGGAAGGGAUAGUCUGUGUCUAAAGGCAGGUUGUCUGAAUGUUUACCCACCUAAAACAUGCUGGUCCUGAUACAGUUUUUUCCUUGAGUGUUUGUUUUAAGUAAUUAAAUGCAAAAAGUGUGUUUUGGUAAAUUAAGUUUGAGACAUGCAAAAUCCAAGAAAUGUACAGUUAUUCUUAACCCUUUAUCUUGAACCUGUGCUGUGGUGCCUUUGGUGUGACUUUUUCCCUGGAAGGAUGACUUGAGGAUAGCAGGAUAUGGGUACAAAUUUAUAUUUCUUGAAUUUCUCUGUGUCACAAUCUUAGCAUUAUUUAAAUCUAGUUCUUUGUAUUUUUAAAUGUAUUAAAAUGGUUUGAGUUUACCAAAGAGUGACUUAUCCAAAAUUGUCUCAGACAAAAGCAAACAAGAAAACAACAUCACGUUGAUUGUACAGGUUCAGGUUCAAAACAUUGUAACAGACUGUUAAGGGGCAGGAAAUGAUGCAUUUUUCUAUAAGCCGUGAUUGAGCAGUGUGUGUCCCUCCCCGUUCUUGCCUCCAAGCCAUAGUCAGCUCUGCGGGCUCUGCGGCCACCAGCGUCACCCCGGGCAGCAGCACUGCCAGCGGGCAGCAGCACUGCCAGCGUGCCUUGUCACAGCGGGGUGCCAGGAUCAGCACUGUCACACACACGAGGUCACCUGAUGGACUUCAUGUCACCAGCCCACCGAGCAGGAGGCCGUUACUUUAGCAAAGGGUGGAAGCACUGUACAGUGUCUCGUGUCUGUGCAGUUCUCAGCACAGAGCUGUUACGCAUUUCAUUUACAAUAAAUGCAAAAGUCAAUAGAAUAUGUGAAGAAAUAUUUGACAGCAAAAUAAGUAAUGAAAUUAUACAGGCUGGUUCAUAAUUGAGUCUCUUCUUAAUCUACCUUUUUAAUUCUAGACAAAUGUGAAAACAGUGACAGUGUCCUUUCCUCUAGAUGCUUAACCUAUUCUGACAAACUGUGAAAAUAAAGGAUUUUAUACCUUUGCUAAUGUUUCUGGUUUCAAACUAUGAUUUUAGUUUUCUUUAUCAGUUAUCUUCCAUAUUACUUCUUUUAAACUUGUAAAUACAUUUACAAAAUAGCUUUGUAAAUACUUACAGUGUAUUAAAAGUUCAGUUUGGUCACUAAGGCCUCAAGAUUGGCUCUGCUUUUUGAGUGUGAAAUCUUUCUGUAGCAUAAAGGAUACUGUCAGUUCACUGUCAGCAGGGGAGACUGUAGGCCUAAAUUGAGAGUUUUAAUGCAGUCUUCCCCAGCAUAAAUUCAUGUUUUAUGCUGAAGCCUUUGGUUUACUUUAGACAAAACAAUGAGGCCUCUUAAUAUGUUUAGGCUGAAUUAUGGGAAGAACAACAGGAAUAAAGUCAAGGGCUGGGAAAAUAUUGAAUAAGCUUUACCUUUAAAUAUAUAUAUAUUAUUUUAAUUUUUGUAUUAGUUUACUGUGAUUCUUUUAUUGUCAUUUUUCUAAACAGGUUUUACAUGAAACCAUUGAAAGGGACUCAAAUAUGCAACACCUAAUCUAUUUUCCAAGGGAAUUUUACCCUUGAAUGGUGCUUUUUGACUGGUCAGGGUUAUUUAUUAAAUUUUAUAUUUGAAAGUAUUUGGGGAAUUAUGUAAAUUCUUUAUAUGAAUCUCUUUAUUUCAUGAAUUGUAAAUUUCAUAAUACUCAGUGAUCAAAUUGGAAGUUUAGUAAAGUCAUUCAAAAUGUUCAAACUUUAUAAUCUGUGUGCAUUUUACAUAUAUUUUAUCAAGUGCCAGAAUACUUGUAUUUAAUGUUGUAGAUUUAAUACUACUUGCACAUCCCUGUGGCAGCAUUAACUUAAAGUUACGCAAGUUUACAUUUAAAAAAAAAAAAAAAAAGCUAAACAAAUAAGUAAGCCUGGGACAUGUGUUCCAGUAUUUCUUCAGGGUAUGUGAAGCCACGUAUCACUGACUGAGCAGGGUUGCUUCCUGCUCCUGUAGCUCACUCCUGCUAUGGCAGAUACAGAACUGCUGACUCCCAUUCCCACAGGCCAGGGAUUCAGCCUUUGAACUCCGCCUGAGAACCUCUGGUUGUAGAUCUGGUUAGAGGUAGAGCUCUUGCACGAUUUUAACAGUGUUUGUUUCUGACUGAAAAUUUGUAUUGUUAAAUAAAUUUUAUUUGUAUGGUUAUUUUUCAAGAUAAAUAAUUGAACAGUUUGAAUGACUUGACUUGGUGUCAUUAUCUUGCAAUAUAAACCGGGAACCUCACACCUCCGCACUUCAUCGCCACGUGAAGUAAAUGAAGCUAGCUAAGCUGAUGCUGUAAGAUUUAGUAACUUGCCAUUAAGGAUUAUUUUACAGCAUGAACUUUAAAAUAUUUAUUCAAAUGAUAUUUUACUCUUGUAUUCACUUUGUUUUUAGAUUUGUGACAUGAAUAUUUCUGUGCUGCUUUAUUUUGUUCUGAUGAAUUUGUUUCUUGCUUGUAAAUUGCCUUUUUUAUGGUAUAAAGUCAAUCGGAAUUGCUGUUUGUAAAUUAAAAUGCUUCUAGAGCAAA